AGCUAAUUUUCGGUUGAAACGAGCAAAAUGUCUGCUGCCCGCUCUCGUCGCAAUGGCAAAUCCAAGGAAAUGGAGGAUUUGAUUGAAAAGAAACGGAUCCAAAAGACAAUUCUCUUGCGGAAUAGCAAAAUCGCCACCAGAGCAUUCAUUCUGUCCCUUUAUCUCCAAAAAAUUCCAGUUUUGAAGGCAUACGACACGUUUUGUGGGGUUCUCGGAGACGAUUUGAUGGAAUAUCGGGAAAUUUGAUUUCUGGUACUAUCAAAUUGGAAAUGGAGAUGCUAAUUUGACCUGUAAAAUGAGCUACAACCCAAAAAGUCCGAUUUUCACCGAUUUUCCCGACACGGUUGUCCAUACAGUUUUGGAAAAGCUAUUGCCAGCGGAAAGAAUGGUGGUUCGAAAUGUGUCCAAGAAGCUGAGAAAUCACGUGGUGUCAAUCUGUCUCAUUGCGACUCAUUGCGAGAAAAUGCGGAAAAAAUUUUCAAAAAAUCGUGACGUCACAGAGGCGAGAGUUCAUUAGAGCAGCUUUGCUGCAUGAAAUUUAGGUACCGAUUUUGCAAUAUUUUUCUGCUUUUUAUCGCAUUUUUAAUAGUUUUCAGAUGAUUUUUUCGAAUUUAAUUGCAUCAUUAUGUUUAAAUCGUAUUUUACUUCAUAAAAUCGACCCAAUUUUUCGUUUUUUUUCGCUUAAUUUUCAGAAUUAUCGAGAGGAAACGGAUUUUUGGGCGAAUGAAGCCGUUUCA